CAGGUUUCUCCUAAACAGCGGCACCUUGUGGUCCAGAGGGAGAGCAGCACCCUGGCAGGCAGUACUGACCAUCAAGUCAGAGGAGCAGGGGGAUGUGAGGGACACAGAGCUGUUGAAGUUUGAAAUCCAAAGCCAGAGAACAGACUUCAUCUGAGAGGAUGACUGUAGUUUGGAUAUUUCUCCUGUUCAUUGAGGAGGGAUUUGCUCUGGCACAGAAGAGUAAAGAUGGGGGUGCUGGAUCAAAAGCAGUCAAACCCUCUCAAAGGCCGCAGCGCUCUCGUCACUGUGGAACCUGGGUCCGGAACACAGAAGGUGGCUCCUUCAGCUCCCCCAACUACCCGAAUACGUACCCUCCCAACAAGGAGUGCCUUUAUGUGCUGGAAGCCCUGCCCCGUGAGAGAAUAGAGCUCCUGUUUGAUGACUCCUUCUACAUCGAGGCUUCAUUCGAGUGUCGUUUUGACCACAUCGAGGUGAGGGACGGUCCCUUCAGCUUCUCGCCACUCAUCAAUCGUUUCUGCGGCUCUGCCAGUCCCGGACUCGUCCUCUCCAGCGGGCGCUUUAUGUGGAUCCGCUUCUACAGUGAUGAAGAGCUGGAGGGGAUUGGCUUCAUGGUCCAGUACACCUUUACUGCAGACCCUGAAUUUCAUCUGCAUGUGGGAGGACUUUUAAACCCUAUUCCAGAUUGUCAGUUUGAGCUGUCAGGUGCUGACGGCCUGAUCCGUUCCAGUCAGGUGGAUGAGGAGUACAAAGUGAAGCCAGACCAGGCAGUGGACUGCAUCUGGACCAUAAGAGCCCCAACAAACAACAGGAUUUACUUACGAUUCUUGGAAUACCAGAUGGAAAACUCAAACGAAUGCAAGAAGAACUUUGUGGCUGUGUAUGACGGCAGCAAUGCCAUUGAGGACCUAAAGGCUAAGUUCUGCAGCACAGUGGCCAAUGACGUCAUGCUGGACACUGGUGUGGGAGUGGUGAGGAUGUGGGCUGAUGAAACGAGUCGUCUCAGCCGGUUCCGGAUGCUCUUCACUUCUUUUGCUGACCCUCCCUGUGCGGGCAGUGCGUUCUUUUGCCACAGUAACAUGUGUAUCAACACUUCUCUGGUGUGCAACGGCAUACAAAACUGUGUCUUUCCCUGGGAUGAAGGCAACUGCAAAGAGAAAAAGAGCAAAGGUCUUUUUCACCAGAUCACAAAGACCCAUGGGACAGUAAUCUGUGUGUCUACUGGAGUGGUGCUGCUGUUACUUAUCAUCUCCAUCUUGGUGCAAGUCAAACAGCCACGAAAAAAGGUGUUGGUACGUAAGAAUAACCUUUUUCACCGCGGCGACUUCCAGGAAGUGUUUGACCCUCCCCAUUAUGAACUCUUUACACUCAGAGACAAGGAAAUGUCUGGGGACCUUGGGGAGUUAUCUGACGAGCUCCAGUCCUUACAGGCGCUCAGGAGAUCCUCCUCAGGCUCCCGCUGCAUACACGAACACCACUGUGGCUCUCAGGCCUCUGUCAACUCCAUCAAAGCCAGUCAGGGCCCACAUGGCCUGGCCAGGGGAUCUCUGGAGCUCCCCCCUUUCAGAGGUGACUUUCAGAGCACCUUACCUCCUCUCAGGGACUUGAACAGCAGUCUGCGUAAGAAGAGCUGGCCUAGUAUGAAACCAGGCCGGACGCAGGGCCAUCACAGCAUCGGGGAUCGAGAGCUGGAUCGACAGGACAGAGUGAUGGAGGAGGAUGAAGAGGACGAGGAGGACGGGAGGUACGAUGUGUAUGUGCACAGAGCAGGAAGCCGGAGAGGGAACUAUGAAAUGGCUCAGCAAAGAUCCUUGUCCAUGGACUUCUGAAAAGACGAGGUCAGUAUAGCAAAAAAAAAAAAAACCUUUUUCAAAUCAGUGCCACAAUCUGGGAGAACUCAUACAAUAACAGGAGCGAGGAAGAGACUCUUACAUUCAACAGAUCAUAAUGCUGUUUAUUGUUUAACUGGUUGCAUUUUACUGUAAAGCCAGUCGAUUUUGUUGAAGUAUGUUUUAAAUGUUUAUGUUCUAACAGGAUGAGGAAACAUGAUUACCUUAUGAACAAAACAAAAAAAAAUCACCCCUCUGUUUUUUGUUUAGUCUCUUAUUACCGUGUGUGUUAAAGAUAAGAAUAAAUAUCAACAUGUCG